GAGUCCCUCGCGUCUGACUAUGUACACAAAUUUCUUCGCCAUGCCUGUUUACUGCACCAUAUUCCUAUUCGCGAUUCACAACAUGUGCAUUCUUAUGCCUUUGGAGAAUUCCAUGAAAACGCCUGACCACCUGCCGAUCAUACUUGUGAUAUCCAUGACCUUUAGCUCAACUCUUUACCUGCUAUUCGGAUUACUUGGAUACAACAAAUACGUCAAUCCCUGCGACACCGUCAUUAAAAAUUUGCCUCUGGAUGAUCCAGUGGCUCAAGCUGUGAAAAUAGCCAUUGCCGUGUCGGUAAUGUUCGGGUACGGAAUUCAUUACUUCGUUCCAGUUUCUAUAAUAUGGCCACAAAUAAUGGAAAAGGUCAACGAGGAUAAACGAAGGAUAUUCGAAAUCGUGUUUCGCAUUGGCGGGGUCAUAGUCACAAUUCUGGUAGCCGUUGCUUUGCCGAAGUUGGGACCGCUUCUGGGCCUCUUCGCGGCCUUAUGCUUCAGCUCGAUGGCGCUUUUGCUGCCGGGAAUCAUCGAUCUUGCGACGAGCUGGGAGGGUUCGAAGAAUCCCAAGACCUUGCUGGUUAAAAACAUCCUCUUAUUUAUUCUCUGGAUUGUCUUGCUGGUAAUCGGCUGUUUCGAAAGUAUCAAGCAAAUGGUAGAGGAAUACGGGACAGUAAAGACUGAAGAUUCGAUCUGCUGAUUAUGCGUCCCAUAAUCAUAAUUAAGCACAAAAUGAUGCUUUC